AUGGGCCAUGUGUCUGCAGCAACCUCCUUUUUUGGAGGAAACCAGGUGACGCACCAGAGAAAAGCCCCCGAGAACCCCCUGAGCCCCCUUCCCCUUGGGUCCCCGGAGGGGGCAACUGAGGGGAACGGGGCUGGGGAGAUAGUCACCGCUCAAAAUGGCUGGAGGUUGACGAGAGACCGUCCCCAGUCCGGACCUGCGCAUGGUGAGGACGGCGGCAGGGUGGCUGGGUCUGUCCCUGCAGCCAUUGCUACCUUUGCCGCCAUCGUGACUUCUCUGUUGGACUGGCUGCAAGAUGCCAAGGAGGUGGCAGCGUCCCCGGGGUUAGGGUUAGGGUUCAGGUUAGGAAAUCCCAGCGCCAGAUUCUUGCCUGCUCCCGAUGGCUGUCCUGAGCGGUGCUGGCAGCUCGUCCCCGGUGUCAGCGUGGCGGAGCUGCUGUGGGGGCAGCAAGUCCCAUCGCUGCCGUGUGCGCUGUGUCCGCAGGGUGGCAGAGCAGAGACCUACCGCGAGCUGGAGAGGGUCUUGUGGGGUGAUGAGAGCCGUCUGCAGAGCUCUGUCGUGGACAGAGUGAUAGCGGUGGCAUCCAAGGACUUGCGAGCGGCCCAGGGUGUGACGGCCGCCAUGAGGACGGCCGCUAGUGACGACCUGGUGGCGCUGGCCCGCUCCCACUUGCGCGACGUGGUGUCGGCGCUCCAGGGCCACCUGGAGGCCCUGGACGAGAUGUCGGAGGAGGUCGUCCUCAUCACCCUGCGCAACCUUGCCGCCCGCUAUGCCCUGCAGUGCGUGCCCUUUGCGGAAACAACACUGUUGGCCCUGAGCCGCGUGCUGAGCAUGGUGGGGAGCGGACGGACGCUGUGCGCCGUCUGUGGCGCUUCCGCCAGUGGGAGAAAUGUGCCUUCCCUCGCCUGGGGGCAGCCCAGCUCUGCGCCCCCCGUUUACUCGCUCUUCUGCUACGUGAGCAGAAACUGGCAGGGCUGUGAGGAGGAAGAGGUCAAGCAGGCUGUUCUCAGGGCAGUGGGUGCCAUGAUGGGUGUCCUCCUGCACACGGAGGAGCACCGCGAGCACGCCUGGGAGCAGCUCCUCUGGCUCCUGCACCAGUACCGGGAAGUCCAGGACCCCUUUGGGGUGACCACGCAAUGCCAGUUUCUCCCUUUCCGGGCGGCUCGCGGUGACAGCCCCCCUUCCCCACCCCACGUUCCCUUGCAGAGUCUCCGCUAUUUCCUGGGGGCUGUGGUGGGCGUUCAGACCCGCGUGCCCUGGGCCAAGCUUCUGACCAUCAAUGCUGCUGUGCACCAGCAGCUCUGUAACAAGAUCGAGCCACCCAGCCCAGAGCACAGAGCAGAGCUGUGUCACUGCAUCGUGCUGCAGGCCCAAAUCUGCCCGGAGGAGAUGAUUGUCUUCCUAUACUGCAAGCUGAGGAGUGGCAGCAAGGCCAAUUGCGUGGCAGCCGUGGAAAUGCUGCAAGCUCUGGUCUGCUCUGACGCCCCUGAUGUGAGGGAGAAGCUGCCCCUGCUUGCAAAGCUCGCGCAGUCUGUGUGCCGCGACCCCAUGGCCCAGCCUCCCCGGCAGGUGAGAAGGGCAGUCCUGCGUUUCAUCGGGGAGCUGCUGCACUCCGGCACCCCAGGCUGCUCGGCGUGGGACAUGGUAGGCCACAUCUUCAGCGAGUUCAGCCGGGCCUCGGACAGACUGGCCACGGGAAACCUUUGUGCAGUGGAAGCCCAGGAAGAAAGGGCUAUUCAGCGCCUGUGUGCGCACAUUGUGGGCACACUGGACGUCUCUGCCGGAGCAGUGGCCAAACUCCUGUGGCCGAGGCUGCUGCGGUAUCUGGUGCCAGCCCAGUACACCGGCAUGCUGGUCCCGCUCUGCCGCUGCCUGCGCACCAUGGCUGAGAGACAGGAGAGAGCAGAGCACGAGGAAGAGGAGACGGCACCCAAGGCCCUGGAGUCCGAGGAGCAAGCCGCUCUGCCGGCUCCCCAGGCCCUGCUGGCUCACCUGCUGGUGGUGGCAGCGGUGGCUCCACACGCGGGCGGUGGCCGUGGAGCCACGGCCCUGCGGCUGCUGCAGGCACUCCCCGGCAUGAUCCACGGAGCUGUGGGGGCAAGGUGGGCCGCAGACAUCCCCCUGAUGCUGCAGCACCUGGCAGGAACGACUGCAAGCUCCCUGGACGUGGCCGGGUGCGAGAGCCUCCUGCUGAAGUUCCUGCAAACAUCGCUGGAGCUCACUGAGGACAAGGCCUGGACCGUGGGCCUGAGCCGGGAGCUGAGCCAGCAGCUGGGCAGCUCUCCCCGCCUCUCCUGGGAGAAGCGGUUCCUGUACAAGGCUCUCGGCACAGCCCUGGCAGCUUGUGGGUGUCUCCACCACGUGCAAGAGCAGACCCUGAAACAUCUCAAAGCAGCCAACUUCCUGGAGCUGUGGGAGGCACAGGGAAUGAUUUCAGUUGUGUCCCGCUGCGCCGAGAGCCACUUCCAGCUGGCCUUGUCCUUGGUGCAGGAGUUCACGUGGACUUUGAAACACCAGAAGCAGAGCCACACGGUGAGCACCCGUGCUGCUCGCGCUGCGUUGAUGGUGAUCUACGGCAGGAUGGCGCUGCGUGCCCCCAGGGAGCAGAUGCUUGCCCACGUCGAGAGAGACGUCGUGGGGAAUGUCCUGUGGCUCUACCGAGAGGGCUGCCAGGAUGCACAGCUGAAGCUCUCCCUGGUGCAGAGCAUCACUGAGAUCAGCCUUGCCAUCCAGGCUGUGGGCGCCUGCCCCAAGUUUGAGCUCUGCCGCAAGCGGGAGCUGCUGCAGACACUACUGGAGGUGAUUCACGAGGAGCCCCAGGAGUCCCCAGUGCACCCCCGGGCCAUCGAGGCCAUCAGGCAGUUGAGGAAGCUGAAGCCCCAUCUGAGCAGGAAGGAAAACUGCAGCCUCCUGGCUCAGUGCUGCCAGGGCAUUGUGUGCCUUCGUCGCCCGGAGCAGAUGGAAGCGAGAGGGCAGAUGGCAGCAGCUGCUCCACGCGCACCGGGUGUGCAGGCGCCGUCCCUGCGAGCGCUGGGCCAGCUCACGGCAGCCCUUCUCCACACAGAGCCGGCCCCCAUCUGCCUCAAGGACAUGGUGCAGAUCCUGCGGCGCUGGCUCACUUCAGCCCACACGUGCGAGCGGGAGAGGGCCCUGCAGGUGUGCAUCCAGCUGUUGGGCACUUGCGAAGAGGGACACAAGCACAGGCAAGGCCGUGCCUGCGAGCAGUUCGGCUCCCUGGCGGGACUGCUGGGGCCUCUGACGUGCGAUGCGUCGGCCGCAUCCCGACAGCGGGCAGCAACCUGCCUCAGCCACCUGCUCCAAAUAGGAGCUGAGGCCACGGAUGUGGCACCCCAGACCAACGAGAUCGGGUGCCUGCGUGAGAGGCUCAACGCCAUCACCUCCGAGUCUCUGCUGGUGACCUCCGCCAACAUCGCCAAAAGAGAGAGAGAGAGAGAGAGAGAGAGAGAGAGAGAGAGAGAGCGCGCUGCUGUCAGGACCUUGUUUGCAAAUAUUUCCCCCCGAGGCCAGGCCACAGACUUCAUGAGCACUGUCAUGGAGAGCUUGCUGUGCCCCAGGCCCGUGUGUGCACGGGCCGCUGGGCGGUGGACGCUCACCUUUCUGGGCGAGUGCGGAGAGCAAAUAUUCCAGGAGGAGGUACCCAAGGUCGUGAGCAACCUUUACACCUGCCUGCAGAGCACCCAGCAGAGCACUCCCAGGCACUUCAUGCUGCAGGCGAUGCUCCUCCUGGCCCGCUCUCACCAACAGCUGGUGCUCAACAGCCUCCUCCAGAAAUGCCUGCCCACAGACAGGUCUGUGCACUCGCCCUUCCCUCUGCCGUCAGACACAGCCCCAGGGCGCGCCUGCAUCACCUGCGCCCUCUCUGAGGUGGUGUCGGUCCUGCGGAGCAAGACGCUGGUCCAGCGCCUGCUUCCCUAUCUGCUUCCCGGCCUCCUGGGGCAGGUCAGCGAGACGCUGGGGGAGGAGAUGGCACUGUCUCUCGGGGAGCUGAGCAGCGAUGACACACCGGGCAGACUUUUUGUGGCAGCGUUGGAGCUGGUGCUGGCAAAGUGCCUGGAGGAGCGAUGGCUGCGGCUGCUCCAGGAGCAGGGAGUGUGGGCAUCCCUGGCAGACCCCCAGGCUCACACCACCGGCGUGUGUCUCCUGGCAAGUGUGCUGCUCCGCGCGGAGCUCGUCCCGCAGCGCUUGGUGCAGAACCUCUUCCCAUGGCUGAAUUCGCACUCGGUGAACCUGCGGCUCACGGCCACGGCUUGCUUUGCUGAGCUGAUGAAGGCCCACAUGGUGGAGGAGAGCAAGCUCCUGAAGCCCCUCUUAGAGGCCUUAGUAGCAAGAUCACACGACCCUGCCAGCGCCGUGCGGCAAAUGGCCGUGAGAGGCAUGGGCAACGUGGCCAUUGGAGUGCCUGCAAAGCUGCGGAGGAACAGGGCGGCCGUGGUGGAGGUGCUGCUCAGGGACCUGGAGGACGUGGCCAGCGCGGAGGUGGCUGCUGAGAGCCUGCUGGCACUGGCAAAGGUGCUGGGGCAGCUGAAGGCAAGAGCCAUGGGCUCUGCCUUUGAAGAGAUCGCCAGGUCCACCCAGGCGUUCUUGGGAGCGGAGGAAGAGGUCCUGCGCUGCUCGGCCUUUGCCCUCUAUGGCGCCCUGGCCUCCUCUGCCUCGGGCAGGAGGUCCGUUUUCAGCAGAGAGGUGGAGCAAGCAUUUCCCAGCCUCGUGCUGCACCUCCGGGACCCGACCCCAGCCGUCUCCAACGUAAGAGCCCCCGGAGCUCCUUGCAGAGCCGCAGAAAGCCCCACAGUGCCAGCAGCGCCACGGUGCCGCUCCCACCUGCGCCGGCCUGCCGGUGUCUCACAGAUCCUCGCUGACACUUGCAUGGCAAGGUCUCUCCCUCAGCACGCCGGGCAGGUGAGCAGCAUCCCCAUGACAGCCCGACACUUUUCCAGGCGUGCAAGGUCGCUCUCCAUCUGUGCGCCCCGUUUCUGGGGUCGAAGAGGGUGCGGUGGCGCAUCGCCACAAGUGCCGGGCUGA